UCUCCUUCCACCGCCUUAUGCAGCCAAAGCUUCUCCUGUCACCCUCUGUGCCCCCAUCACUGGCCUAACCCAGCACUCCUGCAGCCACCACGAGGACGCCAGGCUCGGCAGCGCAACGUCAUCGCAUUCCUCAGCCAGUCUACCCACAUUCCACCCAGCGCCCGAGGCUCCGACAGCACCGCAGCAGGGGUCGACAUCCGAUUUUCUGCCAGCAGAGGACCCUUGAUAUUGCAAGUGACAUAGCGCUCCCAGCGGGGCUUCCUAACAAGCCCUCAUCCCUCGACAUCACCCACUUUCCUACCUUGGCGCCUGUCCACUUGAUCUAACGGCGCCGUUCCUGCCGAAUCUUGCACACCUCUUCAACUUACUAGAGCCGCACCGCAGCACUGUUCCUGAGAUGUCGGAGCAGUUUUCCUCUGUUCCCUACCCGACUGUCGCAGUCUUCGACGUUGACCGCCGGUCGUCGUAUCCAGACGACAUGAGCACCACCUCCAGCACCGGAUCGGUCAGCGACCAGGACCAGCCCAAGGCCGGCGACCCCACGCUGCGACCGCGCCUGGGGAGCAGGAAGUCCAGCGGCACCAUCAUAAUACCGCGCGACAGCCCCCACGUCGAGCUCAAGGAGGAAGAGUACGACGACGGAGACGCCAGGACUAUGAGCCCUCGACGAAGCAGCGAGGAGAUUGAGAAGAUGGGCCAGGACGCCAGGCAGGCUUUGAUAGAACAAGCUAAGCAACUCCAAGCAAGCCUCAUGGAAAUUGUCGACCGUGUAGAGGUCGUCAAGUCAGAACACGAGAAGCUUGAAGGCGGCAACAAGUUCCUGCAAUCAUACAUUGGCGAGCUCAUGCAGACCAGCAAGCUCACAUCGUCUGGCGCUGGAAAAGCCACCAAAAUCAAGGGCAAAGGACGAAUCAUCAAAUAACAACCAGCGUUCCCAGCCCCUGCGUUAAUCGCCUACCACGAUGGCUGGGGUCGCGGAGCAUACCAUGUCGGCAUUCCACCAGGACCUCAUCGCAUCAUCGACGCGACACGCC